AAAAGGAGGGGGAUAGAAUGUUGGGUUUUUCCUUCCCAUAGAGAGAGAAGAUUGAGAGAGAAAGUGUCUGAAAGGUUACGUUGAUGCCUUAUGGAGGAAAAUCUCAAUCCAUUAGCUGUUCCUCAUCUUCUUCAACACACCUUGAGGAGCUUAUGUAUCCAUGAAAACUCUCAAUGGGUAUAUGCGGUUUUCUGGAGGAUCUUGCCUAGAAACUAUCCACCGCCCAAAUGGGAUGUUCAAGGAGGAGCCUAUGAUAGGUCUAGAGGAAACAGGAGGAACUGGAUAUUGGUGUGGGAAGAUGGCUUCUGCAAUUUUGCUGCUUCAAUGGCGGAAAACGAUUCCAGCGAUUGCCCUGGCUCAUCAUCAUCAUCAGCAGCAUCAGUUUAUGGAAACAACGAAUUCUCACACCUCAAAGGCCUGCAACCAGAGCUUUUCUUUAAGAUGUCCCAUGAAAUCUACAAUUAUGGAGAAGGUUUAAUUGGAAAAGUGGCUGCAGAUCAUAGUCAUAAAUGGAUAUUCAAAGAACCAAGUGAUCAAGAAAUCAACUUCUUGUCUGCAUGGAAUAACCCAGGAGAUUCGCACCCAAGGACAUGGGAAGCUCAGUUCCAGUCUGGUAUUAAGACCAUUGCUUUGAUUGCAGUUAAAGAAGGUGUUAUUCAAUUAGGAGCUCUGCACAAGGUGAUGGAAGACCUGAGCUACGUUGUUUUACUGCGAAAGAAGUUCAGUUAUCUGGAAAGCAUCCCGGGGGUUCUUUUACCACACCCAUCAUCUUCGGCAUUCCCCUUCAAAGUUGACGGGUGUGCUGCUGCACCUGCAGAUGCCUGCUGGCCCUUCCAUUCCACGCUAGCUUCUCCAGUAAUGACAACGACCACCACCACUACCGAAUUCUACAACCAGUUUGGCCAGCCAGUAAAGAUUACUCCAUCAAUGAGCAGCCUUGAAGCGCUUCUCUCGAAGCUCCCAUCCGUUGUGCCUACUUCUUCCCCAUCCUCAUCCACAUACUGUGAGUCCCCAACGCAGUAUCUAUCAUCUCAGAGGCCAUUGGAGCUGAUGGGCACGGAGAAGGUGGCCAAGCAAGAGAUAGAGGACGAAUAUGGAUACAAGAAGGAGAUGGGUGAGAGUAGCAGUUCCAUGACAUUUCAGCAUCAGGGUUAUCAUUAUUAUGAUCCGCACCAUCAUCACCAUCUCAAUGUAACCAACAGCAGACCUAACAAGGAUUUCUAAGCCAGUUUUAAAACUAUAAAUUAAAUAACAUUUAGUCAUGGAUCAAUCUCUUGUCUGUAGCUUUCAAGUUUCCAGUAUCCUGCUUAUAUGUCUUCUUAAUUAUCUCUAUUUGUAGUCCAGAACUCUCCUUACUACAUAAUAUAAUAAACCGUGCAAUUUAUGUCUGAAGA